UUGCACUGGCCCAGAACUGUGUGAAGAAAAAGCGGAGACUUUUAUGUUAAUCUUAACUCAGUUUUUGUUUCGAACAUCUGGUUGAUUAUCGGUUCGUUUCCUCGCUUGGUCCUGAUCAGGGAGCGGUGUGUGCUGACAGACGAAAUGGAGAUCGAAAAGGAAGUGAAGAAGAUGACUCUGGGCCACGAGUUUGGAGCAGGAGCCCCCUGCCUGAAGUGCAAGGACAAAUGUGAGGGCUUUGAGCUACACUUCUGGAGAAAAAUCUGCAGAAACUGCAAAUGUGGUCUGACUGAGCACGAUGUCCAGAUGAACUCUGAGGAGAAUAAGAAAGUGGGGAAGCUGUUUGAGGACACCAAGUACACUGGACUCGUUGCCAAACUGAAGACUGAUGGCAUCCCCAGCUACCAGGGCACCAUGGUGACCAUCUCUCUCCCAGCCUCUGCUACUGCACAUGUAGUACCGCCCAGUGCUGCCUCCACUGUGGUUCCUCCGAAAGCCACGGCCAGUUCUGUUCAGCCUGCUGCUGACUCGGUGGUCACCCAGCCCGCCAACACCCAGAGGGUAUCAGGUGGUGUCACACCUGCAACGAGCAACAAGGCACCUGUUAGUGCUGUGCCAGCCAGUGUGGUGCCAGUACCACAAGAUGUGCCCGUGACCUCUGUCACCUACGAGUGGGCCCCACCAGUGCCCAAUAAGUAUCUGGCUGUGCGCUACAUUGAGCUGCUCCCAGCAGAGAAGCGUCCAGUCGCGGGCUCAGUGGGUGCUUCUUAUCGUCGCCAGCAAAUGGCACACCAGCUACCUGAACAUGACCAGGACCCCUCCAAAUGCCACGAGCUGAGCCCCGCUGAGGUCAAGCAAAUGCAGCAGUACGUCCGAAAGUACAAGGACGAGGCGCUGGGUGUUGGCGAUGUGAGGCUGCCUGAAGAGAUGGCUCUGAUUCAGGCAGGAGGGCCGGCUGGGGCUCCCGCUGGAGGAGCUGGUGCAGGUUUGCCUUCUGGCACAGGGGCUCCUGGAGCUGGUUCUGGACGUGGUCCAGAAGGUGCUCAGCUUCAAGUUGGCUCAGCUGGCUUUGGACCUGGAGCUGCAGCUGCUGGUGUUAAACCAGUUUUGACACCUGUAACUGGAAUCUCUGCAGGUACUGGACCAGCAGCUGGAGAGGAGGUUGGUACGACUGCUCCUGCUGGAGCCAUGGGUGUCCCUGGAAUGCAACAAGCCGGACUGCCAUCACCAAACUUUUCAUGUCACCGCUGCCAGAAACCAUGUCUCUGGCGUGAACAGCGGUCUAUGCUGAGCGUGCCGGCUUAUGACAAGCUGUGGCACCCAGCCUGCUUUGUGUGUUGUACCUGUGAGGAGCUGCUGGUGGACAUGAUCUACUUCUGGAAGAAAGGCAAGCUGUACUGCGGACGCCAUUACGGAGACAGUGAGAAGCCGUGCCUUGGCUGUGACGAGCUGAUCUUCAGUAACGAGUACACUCAGGCUGAGGGCCAGAACUGGCAUCUGAAACACUUCUGCUGCUUUGACUGUGACUGCAUCCUGGCCGGCGAGACCUAUGUGAUGGAGCAGGACAAGCCUGUGUGCACAUCGUGCUACAUGAAGAACUACGCUGUGAAAUGUUCAGCCUGCCACAAGGCGGUGGAGCCUGAAGCCCAGCGGGUUUCCUACGGCGAGCACCACUGGCACGCUGAGCCGCAGUGCUUCCAGUGCUCUGGCUGCUCCAAGUGCCUAAUGGGCCAACGCUUCAUGGCAGUGAAGGGCUUCCUCUUCUGCUCUGUGGAGUGCAAGAAGAAAAUUGUGGUCUAGCAGGUCAAGAUGAUGUCCUCAGUCUUCUCCAAAACCACUCACUGUACCAGCACCAUUGUUCAGCUGAAAGUAGAAGCAGGAAGAGAAACCUGUACCACGGGUCCCGAUAAACGCCAAAACCACGAGUGUUGCUCCAUAAAGUGCUUUAAAAAAUCCAUUCUGCUGCACUGAGAACACCUCAGUGACACAAACACUGGCACAGUCAUGGGUUCACCGCUGUGUUACAUCAUCUCUUUUGUGUGACAUUCCCACAUUCACCUUUUACUCAGGUUUUCAGCUGCACUUCAGUAUGUAGUGUCACUGAAUCAUGCCUCACACAUCCUCAGGCAGCCAGGGACCAGAACUUGUUCUGCUGGAUUCUCAACCCAAGUCCCUGGAA